AUGCUUUCGCCUUACCACCCUGCCUCAAAUGGUGCAGCCGAGCGGGUGGUGCAGACCAUCAAGAAGCAGCUCAAGAAGAGCCAGUCUGGGGAUUUCCGGACGCAGAUACUAAGAUGCGGCUUCAGCGCGGAUUCGUGGGCAGUAUGGAUACCACCAAAUCAAUCUGCGUUCUGCGCACCGGAAAGCAUUGAUCAGUCACAUCGCGGUGACUACGUCUGCUAUUCCGUCAACUCCACAGCAGAAUGCAAGAUGACGCCAUACUUGUACACCGCUGUCGACGGGAGCAACAAGCUGGAGAGGGACCUUGGAGACGGAACUAAAAGCAGAUCCCUCAUACUGGACACUGACAACUGCAAGUAUCUGGUUCAGCUCGAGUGCUUUCCAGACGGAUCAGUGUGGCGCUACGUGACGUACAAGAAAAGCUGGACACAGUCUGAAAUUGAUUCUUUCAAGACAAGAGUUCGGAAGGAGAAGUCCCUCAGCUUCCUUAAAUCGUACAACUUUGAUUGCGAUCACGAUAAGCCGUAGGUGGCAUGCGCUAAUAUCAGCAACAAACCAAUAGACCUGCAGGAGAAAUUUUUUUUUCGGCGAAAUAAUGGCAGUUGGCUAAACAAAAUGCCAGACCAUUUCGGAGCGCCAGCUGGAAGAAGUGAAUACUCGCUGAUGUAAUAAACAAAACGUGCUAUUCUUUGCCU